GUCCUGAAGAGUUUGCAAUCAAAAAGGCUACCUUGGGUAAAGAGAGUGAUGCUUCACAUAGCUGGGGCGGCGAAUACUGUCCUCAAAUCGGGGAGUCUGGUGUUUUAGGUCACCGCGAAUGAAAUUAAGGAUCAGCUUCAAACGAAGAUGUAUGGCUUUGUGAAUCACGCACUUGAACUCCUCGUGUUAAGAAAUUAUGGACCUGAGGUGUGGGAAGACAUCAAGAGGGAAGCCCAGCUGGAUGUGGAAGGUCAGUUUCUGGUCCGAAUCAUUUAUGAAGAUGCUAAAACUUACGAUCUGGUCGCUGCAGCAAGUAAAGUGCUCAAAAUUAAUGCUGGUGACAUUCUACAGAUGUUUGGGAAAAUGUUUUUUGAGUUUUGCCAAGAGUCUGGCUAUGACACAAUCCUGCGUGUUUUGGGAUCAAACGUCCGUGAAUUUUUACAGAACUUAGAUGCUCUUCAUGACCAUCUGGCCACAAUAUACCCAGGGAUGCGAGCUCCAUCCUUCAGAUGCACGGAUGCAGAAAAAGGGAACAACCUUAUUUUGCACUAUUAUUCUGAGAGAGAUGGACUGCAGGACAUUGUCAUUGGCAUUAUCAAAACAGUUGCCCAACAAAUCCAUGGCACGGAAAUUGAAAUGAAGGUUAUAGAGCAGAGAAGUGAAGAAUGUGACCAUAUCAAAUUUUUAAUUGAAGAGAAAGACUCCGAAGAAGAGGCAUUUUAUGAGGACCUCGAUGGGUUUGAGGAGAACAGCAUGCAGGAAACAAGGAUUAGCCCUCACACCUUCUGUAAGGCUUUUCCUUUCCACAUCAUGUUUGAUCGAGAUUUGACCCUCUCCCAGUGUGGUAAUGCCAUCUAUCGAGUGCUUCCUCAGCUACAGCCUGGAAACUGCAACCUGCAGUCUGUUUUCUCGCUGGUUCGUCCACACAUCGACUUCAGUUUCCAUGGGAUUCUCUCUCACAUCAACACUGUGUUUGUUCUGAGAAGCAAGGAAGGCCUGCUCAAUGUAGAAAAGCCUGAAUGUGAAGACGAAUUGACUGGCACAGAAAUUAGCUGCUUGCGUCUCAAGGGACAGAUGAUCUACUUGCCAGAAGCUGACAGCAUUCUCUUCCUGUGCUCCCCAAGUGUGAUGAACCUUGAUGACCUCACCAGACGUGGACUAUACCUAAGUGACAUCCCAUUACACGAUGCCACUCGUGACCUCGUCUUGUUAGGGGAGCAGUUCAGAGAAGAAUACAAACUCACACAGGAGCUGGAAAUCCUAACUGACAGACUACAGCACACGCUUAGGGCUUUAGAGGAUGAAAAGAAGAAGACAGACAGGUUGUUGUAUUCCGUUCUUCCACCCUCUGUAGCUAAUGAACUGAGACACAAACGACCCGUGCCAGCAAAGCGUUACGACAAUGUGACGAUCCUCUUCAGUGGAAUCGUGGGAUUCAAUGCAUUUUGCAGCAAACACGCUUCAGCAGAAGGAGCCAUCAAAAUUGUCAACCUGUUAAACGACCUAUACACGAGGUUUGACAUCUUGACAGACUCAAGGAAAAAUCCUUAUGUUUACAAGGUGGAGACUGUUGGUGAUAAAUACAUGACAGUGAGUGGCCUGCCAGAACCCUGUGUCCAUCAUGCACAAUCUAUAUGCCACCUCGCCCUGGACAUGAUGGAAAUAGCAGGACAAGUGAAAGUUGACAACGAACCAGUACAGAUAACUAUUGGGAUCCACACAGGAGAAGUGGUGACUGGGGUGAUAGGACAAAGAAUGCCCCGCUACUGCUUGUUUGGAAACACCGUCAACCUCACCAGUCGGACGGAAACCACAGGGGAAAAGGGAAGGAUCAAUGUUUCAGAGUACACAUACAGGUGUUUAUUAUCUGCCGAGAAUGCAGACCCUCAGUUUCAUCUUGAUUACAGGGGACCAGUAGCUAUGAAAGGAAGAAAAGAACCCAUGAAAGUCUGGUUCUUAACCAGAAAAUCAAGUGAGGAAGAGAUCUGAUCUGCAGCCCUUCGACAGUCGUUCUGUAUGGCAGUGUGGCGCGGCAGGUUAACUACACAAGAAAGAGACGUGUGGUAAUAUUUAAUUGGAGGGACUCAUGUAAAAUGUUACAAAUUUUAACUAGUGUGCUGAAGAUCAUUAUGCUUCAAAUAAAAUCAAAUAUAUUGCAUAUGUAGUAUACAAACACCUACUCCAAAAAAAUUUGUUGGGAUAGCAUGUGAAAUACUGAUAAAAACAAACAGGUGCGAUUUGUAAAUUUUUUUCACUCUGUGCUAUACUGAAAGCACUAAAGCAACACAAUAUUUGAUAUUUUACCUUGAGAAUAUAAUUUUCCUUUUAUUAUAAAGUUAUUUGAAAUCUGAUGACUGCAACAUGCUCCACAAGAGCGGGGACGGUCGAGUUUCUACUGCUGCUUAACAUCGCCGUUUCUUUUAAUAGCACUUAUUAAGUGUCUGCACUCCGAAGGCACAAGGUGGUUGAGUUUAGCAAGCCAAAUGUUCUCCCAUCUCCUCUUAUGCAGGUCUUCAGCUGCACUAUUGCAUGGGGUGUUCAUUGCCAUAUUUUACGCAAUUUUUUAAUUGACCACACAGGUCAGGACAGCAGGUAGUCCACUCUCAUACAUAUGCAGCCAUGCAUUUUUAAUGCAGUUAGAAUGUAUUUUGCUAUUGUCCUGCUGGAAGAUGUAGGAAAAGACAACAUCUGAAUUGCAGCAGGUGUUAUUCCAAAAUUUGCAAUAACGUUGCCCUUACAGAUGCCAUGGGCCUAGACCACCCUCCCAUACCAUGAUAGACGCUUGCUUUUGGACCUGACUCUAAUAAAAGCUUGGAUGGUCCUUUCACCCUUUGGCCCAGACCCCAUUUUGUUUUUUUCCGAACGUUAUUUGAAAUGUUGACUUGUUGGACCACAGAACGCAACUGCUCUGUGCUACUUUUACAUCUCAGAUUACCCUGAGUUCAGAGAAGUAGGUGAUGCUUGUGGACAGUGUUGAUAUAGGGAUUCUGCUCUUCAUUUUUAAAGCCUUAACGUGCAUCUAUGGUUGCAGUGGUGAUUGACAAAGGUUUACCAAUUCCAUGUCUUCAUGUCCAUUACAGACACAUGACGGUUGUUAGACAGGGAUGUCUGAGGGAUCAGAGAUCAUGUGCAUUGACAAGUGGUUUUCAGCCUUGCAUUUUACAC